AGCAUUAGCCCAAUGGCGCUAACAGUAGUUAGCGAAUUAUCUCAACGUCUGAGUUAAGAUUUUUCGGCGGCGGCAGCUUUGAAGCGAGAGGCCGUCUAAACAGGACGCAACACAUUCAGAUCUCUCUCUUACGCCUAAAAUUAAAUAUCAUUCCCUUUACCUGCAUCAACUGUUGUGUUUUCCAAAACAGGCUGCGGUUUUUCCUCUGUGGUGCCAGCAGUUUACCGCAUCCCGAUGUGCUGCCACCUACGGGCGGAUGUGGGGAACAAACCGGAAAUUGGGGGAAAAGCACGACGGCUGCUGAGUCUAGUGAUCACAACAACAACAUGGGCUUCUGAUUCUGUCAGAGCUGUGUUGAAACUAAAUGAAGCAUAAACGGUGUCAAGGUGAAAUGUAGAUUAAUUAGGAUUAAUAACACGUUCCCAAACCUCCAGCCCAAGGCCUGAUCUGACAUUAUUUUAAUGGACAGAGGAGGACGAAGAGGAAGAGGAAGAGGAGGAAAAAGAGGAGCCAGAGGGCAUCACAGAGAAGAGGACAGAGACACUCAUCUGUCUAAAUCCAUGUCUUAUGUGCUUCGUCAUGGAGCUACACAGUUGGGGCUUCAAAUGGGCACAGAUGGCUUCCUGUUUGUGGAGGACCUCCUGGCUCACCCGCAGUUCCACGUGUACACAUGUGAAGAUAUCGAGAGAGUCGUAGCCACAAACGACAAGCAACGCUUCAAGCUCCGCUCCCACCCGGAGGACGGCCGCCUGCAGAUUCGUGCCAAUCAGGGACAUUCAGUACAGGUUAUGGAUCUGGAGCUGAAACCGGUCCUGGCUGGUUCUCCUGACUGCCCAGCCGAGGCCGUCCAUGGCUCCUACCUCCGCAACUGGCCGUCCAUCCAACAGCAGGGCCUGAGCCGCAUGAACAGGACCCAUAUUCACCUGGCGUGCGGCCUUCCAGGGGAAGAUGGCGUCAUAAGCGGCAUGAGGAAAAACUGCGACCUAGCCGUGUUUAUUGAUGUUCCCGGAGCUCUGGCUGAUGGUAUUGAGUUCUUCUGGUCAGAGAAUGGUGUGUUGCUGACUGCAGGCGAUGCCGACGGUAAACUCCUUCCUAAAUACUUCACCCGAGCCCUAAGACUCAAGCCUACAAGAAGCAUCCUUCCACUACAGUAAAACCUGCAGAGUUUGAUGUUUCGACCAAGCCUGAAUCCCUCCUUUGCUGUAUGUUGGUCUUGGUUUCAUGGAUUAUACUAUAUCUUACUAAUGGCAGAUUGGUGUAGACUUGUUGCCUUAAUUUAUUUUCAUUAUAAACACUUAACCGGUUAACUAUAAGGGAGAUGGGUUUUCUUUUUGUCUAUACCGUGCCUUGCAAAAGUAUUCUUGAGUUUUUCAUUUUACAUUACAACACCAAGCAUAUAUAGUAUUGGGAAUUAAUGUGACGAAGCAAAGAAGUCAAUAAUUAUCAGGUCAAGUGAAAAUGUUACAUGUUUUUUUAAUUGAAAAUAAUCAGGAAAGUGUGUUUAUAAUCAGUCCCCUUUUCUCUGAUACCCGAAAUACAAUCCAGUGCUACCCUUUUCCUUCAGAUGUAACUUAAGUAGUGACACAAAUCUGCCUUUUAUGGAAGAGUGGCAAAAAGAGUUCACGGUCUGUUGUGGCAGCGACCCUGAGCCUGCAGCCUCAGCAACAAUAGACUGGAUCUGUGAAUACUUCACCCGAAUCGGCUGCUGCGGCUACUAACAUGGCUCACCACCGCCAGGGUGUGAAUGUGUGUGUGAAUGGGUGAAUGACUGUGGUGUAAAGAGCUUUGUGGUCGUCGGACUAGUGAAAGCGCUAUACAGGUACAAGCCAUUUACCGUAUUCAUGUAUUAGAAUGGCCCAGUCAAAGUCCAGAUCUGAAUCAGCAGUGGGAAGACAGAUAAAAGUGUGAAUGUUUACAAAGGCUCAUCAAAUCUGACUGAGCUUGAGCUAUUUUUGCAAAGAAGUUUAGUUUCUUAAUUUCUAAAAUGUUGAAAUACCAUGAAUGGUUUUGUUUCCCUGUCACAAUUGUGCAAACUUUUGGUUGGUCUAUCAAAUAAAAUCCCAAUAAACCAUGUCAAGAUUAGUUGUUUUAAUGGAGUAAGGAGUAUUAGCACUUUGGCAAUGUCAGUGAUGAAUAAAUUGUGGCAAUGCAUUACCUAAA